CACGAACACAUACUACAACAAUGUCACCAGAACCUUCAUUGGUUGACCUACCUGAUGAGCUCCUGCUGCAAGUAAUGUCCCACCUCACAACAUCAGAUAUCUUGCUACUAGCCAGGACAUGUCGGCGCCUCUGUGGCCUGCUCUCGGACCGCUCUCUGUGGUACGAGGUGGACCUACGGCAGAGCCGACUGCGUGCGCGGCAGCUGGCCCGCCUGCUGCGUCACCUUCACAAUGAGACGCGCCGCGUCUGUGUAGCCGGACACGUGGAGCGCGGGAGGCCGGUGCGGCCCCCGCUGCUCACCGCGCGCAUUCUCACCGAUAUCAAAGCGCGAUGCGAGUCUAGCCUGGUGGACCUGAGACUGGAACGGUGCCUUCUGAACGCCACAGAGCUGCCGCUAGAGCUGCUGCCCAAGUCGCUGCUGUACCUGAGUCUGCGCGGCAGCGAGGUCACGCACCGGCCGGCCGGGCGCUCCUACUUCAGCCGCCUCUGGGAGUUUGCGCCGCGUCUGACCGAGCUCGACCUCUCCGAGUGCGGCUGGAUCGACAGCCACGCGCUGCUGCCACUCAGCAAGCUGGCCAGCCUGCAGCGGCUCUCGCUGCGCCACUGCCGCCGGCUGGGCGGCGAGAUCGCCUACAGCAGCAUCUCGUGCAUGCUGGGGUUCCGCGAGCUGCGCGCGCUGGACGUGCGCCGCACCCAGGUGGCCGACUGUGACGUGAGCGGCUUCUGUCAGCUGCCGCGGCUCACCGAGCUGCUGCUCGAGCCGCGGCGGCACGGUUACUUGGACGGAGACACGGCCAUCAGCUCCCUGGGCGCACACUGCGGCGCGCAGCUGCGCCGGCUGGCGCUGCGCCGUACGCGGCUCCGUGAGCAGUCGGUGGAGCGUCUGCCGCAGCUGCUCCCCAACCUGGAGCAGCUCGACCUGACCGGCUGCGGCGUGUCCAGCGAGCGGCUCGGCUGGCUGGCCGACCAGCUGCCCGGCUGUGCCGUCAGCUGCCAUGAGUCCAAACCGGACCCGGAGUCCGGGCCGGGGGCUGUGGCGAGCCGCCGCCGCCGCCGCUCGCCCUCCCCCUCAGCCGACGCGGACGGGCCGCCGGCAGCGAAGCGGCGCCGCCUCCAGCGCUGCCAGUGUGCCGGCUGUGAGGACGGCGAGAUGGAGGACGGUGAGGACUCUCCUCAGGAGGAUGAGGAGCAUGAGGAGGAUACUCUGGACGAGGAGCUAGAGAACCAGCCCGGAGUGAUCGUGGUGAACUUGUUUGACGGCCGAUGGAGGAUUAACGGAGCUCAGGCGAACGCCGAAAACGCGGUGGGUGGUGGACGGGAGGCGGGGAACGGGGAGGCGGGAGGGAAGGAGCCCUAA